UGUACCCUUCGGUUCUACGCUUGUCGCUCGUAGUCCGACCGUAUCCCCACCAUCUUCAUUUUGAUUGUCUGCGUUCCGUGGAGUGGCACACGCGUGUGCCGCAGUGUUCCCUACGUCUGUGCGUUGGGUGCGAGUGUCGCACUCCUGCUAGAUGGCGUUCGUAUGCGCUUGCGCCUUCUAUGUAUGUGUGCUUGUGUAGUAACUCCCACCGCGUCGUCCAACGCUCUACCACUACCGUUAGUAUCUUCGUUUAGUCGUUGCUUCGAUACCAACACACCAGCGACCAGCGUUACUACCACUAUAAUAUCCCAGCGUGCCUGCUGCCGCUGCCGCUGCCGCUGCUGCUGCUGCUGCUGGCUCCUGCUACCAACACAUCGCCCUGAGUUACCAACACAACGAAGAAAGGGCCGCGUGUCGACACAUGUCGUACGAAGAAUCGACGGACGGGGACACACCGUAGAGAUACACAGAGCGUAUACACACAACGGACGAUAGAGAGCGCGCAGGUAGAGGGACGGAGAAAGAGUAUCGAAGGGAGCGAGAAGGAGGGACAAUGAGGGAGCGAGGAAGACCGAUGUUGGCCCCAACAGCCUCUCACUAGACAGUAUUACUUUCAACCGUUUAGCGGGGCCAAUGCUACCCGGCGCGGAGUAGUCAGUCAGCCGAGCAGUCAGAGUCAGCCGGCCGCGAAUACCGAGAGGACGCCUCUCCGUUCGUUCACGAGUAUCGUCGUCCAAGACCAUCCACGCGACGAUCUCCAAAUGUUUUCGUCAUAGUCCUUCGAAGCUUUUGCUGGCCGCUGUCCCUGUUUUACCGCCGUCGUAGUUCGUUAUCUGUGUUAUCAAAUGUCCUCGACAUCGAGUCUGCCAACGAUUUCUCGUGCAUUAACGAUACCUCCUGUGACAGACUAAAAGGCGCGCUCGAUGGUACAAUUGAUGAAUAUGAAAUAAAAAGUUUCCUAAAAGUGUGUGAGAGAACGAGAGAAAGAGAACAUUUGUGCUGACGAUAGAAAGAAUUUAAAAAGAAAAGAUUUCAAAGAAAGAAUAUAGUUUUUAGUGUGAUAAGUAUUUUGACAUUGAUUUCAAUACGGUUCGAAAUCAAACGGUGUGAAUAAUUGAAAAGAGUCGAAGAGACGUUACUACUCGAUAAAGUUGUUGCCGCUACUGUCGCAAGGACACAACACCGGUAUCGGCCACGAGCAGCCAGAGAGUUUUACCCUCUCUCACGGCGCAUCCGAGUCGCACGCGCGUGCAACACUCUCUGGUGGGUUCCGCACGUUCAGCCGAGCUAGUCGGCGGAGCGUUUCUCGCUUGUUUUGUCGUUGUUAUGAGGAGGUGAUGAAUAGACGAAAGCGUUGUAGUGUCGAGCAACGUGGUGACCGUGCUCGUCGUCGUGACGGACGAUGACGAUGAACGUAGACAGAUAUCAUAAACGCGAGAAAGUGUGCUCGUUUGUGUGAUUCAGUGUUUUACUUCGAAUCAAUUCCAUUUUACACGAGAAUUGGAUUGGAUUUAUUAUUUCGUGAAUCAAGUGUAUCUACCGAGAGGAUAAUGCGAUUCUGUGUCAUUCUUUAGCAGUAAGUCCGGUUUUCAUUGUAUCGCCUUUAACGCGUGAGGCGCGAUCAUCGGGGUCGUUUUCGUGAAAGUUAGCAAGAAGAACAGCAUCAACAACGGCGGCGAUAGGCGUUGGGGUGCAGCCCGUGUUAUCAUCCGGCUAUCAUAGCACGGUGCCACCCCAGAACGGGGGUGGUGGUUCGACAUUUAGUGCCGCGGCGAUGGUGGCAGCUGCCACCGCUACGGCCACCGCCACUGCUAGCGUGGUGGCCAUGCAGGACCGCCAAGACAUCCCCUCGCAAUUCAAUCAGAUGCAGAGCCAACAUGGAAUACCCCACCAAACGUACAACGCAGGGUACGCCCAAAGAGGACCAAUGGCCGGAAUGGGGCCAGUCGGGAUGAGCAACUUUAACAGCAUGGGCACGAUGAGCCCGAUGCACUCUAUGAAUUCCAUGAAUUCGAUGAACAGUAUGAAUGGCAUGAACUCGAUGAAUCCUAUGUCGAUGGGAGGUAUGAACGGUAUAAGUGGUAUGAACGGGAUGACCCCCAUGAGCUCCAUGAGUAACAUGGGUAAUAUGGGCAUGAACAAUAUGAUGGGACCUAACAACAUGCAGAUGAACAAGAUGAGCAUGCAGGCUCAACCACACCAGGGCUAUCCAAGAAGACUAGCACCUUAUCCGAACCCUGCGAUGCACAUGGCGCAGAAGAGACAACAGGGUCCUUACCCGGGUCCCAACCCGGCUGCGAUGCAACCGGCCUUCAACGGCAUGACGACGUCGCAGUACCCGACCAAUUAUCCCGCGGCAGCCAGACCGAACUUUCAACCUCAGUACCAGCCGAUGCAAACGAUGAAUCCUUCGGCAGCCGGCUUUGGGCCUAACUCGAUGAUACGAGGAGCGAAUAUGAGGCAAACUGCACCCUCGUACCAAACCGCGAAUCAAGCGGCAACCAAUCAAUACUACGGUAGCAAUGGUAUACCGGUUAGCAUGGGACCUACCACGGUGGGCAAUCAAUUCGUUGGCCACCAACCUAACUCAGGAUACGCCGGUGGCGCGUCUUCGUACGGGGCAACCGGGGCUGUGACCAGUCAGUACCAACAGGAUGUCGCGUCGAUGAGAACGACGGGCGCAGGGACCCUGAAUUACCAGCACAGUCCCAUCCCUGGUAACCCGACACCUCCGUUGACCCCGGCCACUAGUAUGCCUCCGUACAUCAGUCCGAAUCCGGACAUCAAGCCUAAUUUCAACGAUAUGAAGUCACCGGUUAACAUUCAGAAGGACGAUGAGUUAAGAUUAACAUUCCCCGUGAGGGAUGGCAUCAUUCUUCCACCCUUCCGCUUAGAACAUAAUCUGGCUGUAAGCAACCACGUAUUCCAACUGAAGUCCACGGUCCAUCAAACCCUGAUGUGGCGAUCGGACCUGGAACUGCAGCUCAAGUGUUUCCAUCACGAGGACAGGCAAAUGAACACGAACUGGCCGGCGAGCGUGCAAGUAUCUGUAAAUGCUACGCCGUUGGUUAUCGAUCGUGGUGAAAAUAAAACGUCUCAUAAGCCCUUAUACCUGAAGGACGUUUGUCAAUCGGGAAGGAACACAAUACAGAUCACGGUAUCGGCAUGUUGUUGCUCACAUUUGUUUGUGCUACAAUUAGUUCAUCGACCAAGCGUGCGAAGCGUACUUCACGGAUUGUUACGUAAAAGGCUGCUCACGGCGGAACAUUGUAUCACUAAGAUUAAACGAAAUUUCAGUAAUACUAUUUCAAAUAAUGGUAUUCAGUCGGAGAAGGAUGUUGUAGAACAGACAGCACUUAAGGUAUCCUUAAAAUGUCCUAUUACCUUUAAACGUAUUACACUGCCAGCUAGGGGACACGAUUGUAAACAUAUUCAAUGCUUCGAUCUCGAGUCGUACCUACAGCUAAAUUGUGAAAGAGGAUCGUGGAGAUGUCCUGUAUGCACGAAACCUGCCCAAUUAGAAGGUUUAGAGGUUGACCAGUAUAUGUGGGGCAUUCUGAACACUUUGAACACCGCGGAGGUCGAAGAGGUGACGAUAGACUCGGUGGCGAAUUGGAAACCAGCUAAAAAUUUAACUGGCAUCAAAUCCGAGGAAGAAAGUGAUUGCAAGAGAAUGACGAAGGCAAUGUCACCUGGAAGUAUGAACAUGCCAACGAUGAAUAAUUGGGAUAUGAAUCAGGCAAUGAGUCCGUACAUACCGCCUGAUAUGAGUAGCAUCGUAAGCGGCUCUAUGAUGAAUAACACGCCGUCUACGUACGCGAAUAAUAAUAUCAAUCAUCGGAAUUCGUCUGGAGGAUCGUUCGAUAUCAACUCCGGAACGAAUACGAAUACCAAUAACGAUUACACAAACGGUGCAGGGCCACUGUCCCACUUGAAUGAAUCAGUCAACUCUUUGGAUCCUCUAAACGCUAUGGAGAAAUCACUGAACGAUCAGAUGCCUCAUACCCCACAUACACCUCAUACACCCCAUACACCCCACACACCAGGCGGUGGAAACAGUGGUCCACCAAGUGUUCCCCCUGCAUCUCAGGAAUCCACGGGAAAUCAUAACACGUCUGGUAAUACGAGUACAAACAUAAAUAACGAUACUGCAGACAUACCAUCUGACUUAAAUUUCGACCCAGCUGCAGUAAUCGAUGGCGAGGGUACCGGUCAAGAGGCAUUGAAUCUCUUGCCAGACAAUGUCGUGGAUCCAAUGGAAUUACUUUCGUACCUGGAUCCACCAGAUCUGAACACCCCUCCCAGUAGCGGCGCUAGCAGUGGUAACCCCUCAUCAAGUGACGAUAUAUUAGCACUCUUCGAAUAAAGAAAUAUUCACGGGCAUCUCUCAAGAGAAAUAAUCAAAUCGCGACCCUAACGUUAAGACGAAAGAAGAAGAGAGAGAGAGAGAAAAAAAAUGGAAAGAAAAAAUAAAAAAUAAAUUGAUUAACAGAAGACACAGGUUUGCAUCUUACUACAAAUAUAUUUCUAAAUCGGAAGAAAAUAAUUGUAGUGAGCGAUUUUCAAAACGUAUUGGGGUCACUGUGGGUGCUUUCACCUAAUUCAAUGGUACAAAAAGCUUAGCUCUAAUUAUAAUAUUCCUAUUGACGAAGUUAGGGCAUAUUAUUAGAUAUAAAGACGACGAUGACUUUUAAUUAAUAGGGCGGAAACGAAGCACCACCGGGCUGGUGUAGUGCUUAAUUUGUAAAGAUGUUAUUGCACGGAUUAUGUUUAGUCCUUUGACAUUGGGAAUUUUUUUAUUUCCAAUAGAAUAAAACGAACGCGUUUAUUAACAUUGUGCCGGGCAUAUGUUCCAGAACUGACCACCGCGGAUAUAUCACAAUUAUAUUAAUUGUGUUCAAAAGAAGGUAAUCGAAUUUUUUAAUACCGAACAUAUAGAAGUAAUGUUUUUCCACCGAGGAAUUUUACAUAUAGAUUAAAUACUAAAGGGACAUGUUUCUUUGAUAACGGUAAAUGUGCAAUACGAUCGACAAAUUUACAUACAUUUUAUACAGAUUGCCAUUUAUCCAAUUCUUCAUUCCAAAAUAAGUUUUUACAGAAAUAAUAUUUGACAAAACAUACCAUACUAUAGAAUAGAAUAAUUAACUUUUUUUUUUUUUUUUCGUGAACGAUAUCGAUCACUUUUCAUUAACAAACAUUACAAAUCGUAUAGCACAUUUAUAGACUUUUAUAUUGAGACAAAAUACAGGCUAUAAGACCUGAUAUCAGCACAAUAUUGGAAUGAUUUUUUAGAGAGCUCUUAGUGUACCUUAAAAAGAUAUAUGUAACACUUACUUGACGAAUUUAUGAUUUUGGAAUAUUUGCUUGACAAAAUGUGCUGUGCUAUUUCACAAAGACUUCACUUUGAAGUUCUCCCUGCAAUACAAUCUUUACCUCAGAACCGGUCUACUCGCAUUCAGAAAGGCUAUGAUGGACCUACAUCACAACAGAAAUACAGUUGUACAGUAACUUUUGUAAAUAAGUUUUAAUCGAGGAAAAAAAAAAUAGAUAAGACGUUCAUCUGUUGUGAAUUUACCCUGCUUAUUGAUGGAUAUAGCGCAUAUAGUGUUCCUUUCCUUUAGAUGAUUAGUGACAACAGAUGACACACAGAAACGAGGGCAUAUCGGGCUUCACACUGGAGGGAGAGACUCUAUUUCACGUGGUGUAUCUCCUGAGUUUUUGCAAGUAUACACGUAUCAAAGAAAACUUCUAAUUAUGUUUAGAGAAUAUAUACUAUACAUUUUUCAUUUAUACGAAAAAAUUUUUUUAUUUGUUAAUUUAAAUUUUUUUUUUAUAUCUAUUUUGAGAAUUUAUCAAAAUCGAUUUAUUCCCUUAGAUAAACAAUAUUUUGUUAUGAUACACAAAAUCUCUGAAGAUACAUCAAUUAUAUAUAGAGUUUAUUUUCACAUUUUGAUGUAGUACUUGUAAUUAAAUCUGAAACAAAAGAGUUACCAUAUUAGUUAUUAUUUUUGUUAAGAUUGUUUUAGAAAGAAAAAUCGCGACUAUAGAUUUAAAUUUUCCAGGGAAACUAACAAUAAAUUGCACAAAAUCAAAUUUUAUAUGGAAACAGAUGAGAAUAGAAAACUGAAUCAGUAUGAGGAAAUAAAUUCUAUAUGACAACGGUUAGCACAAAUUUUUUAAACGGACUGAUUUCUCGUUUAACGAAAAUUCAGGUUUAGAAUUAUUUGUAUGAUAAAACUGCCAGAGUGACACCGCCCAUGGCCCCCCUUGCUUGCAUAGUAGUUAUUACAUUUAUAUCUUUUGUGAUUAAAAGAGAAGAUAUACUUAAAGUGAUUCAUGUAGAUUAUACAAAUUUUAUAUUAAAACAAAAAACGUGUAUUUAUAUUCCAGUGUGCAUCAAUAGCGCACAUUGAAGGAUUAGAUGCGGUCAAGUUUCUAUUCGUAUAAUUAUAAUAAUAUUAUCGAAAAUAGGAUAACAACAUUACUUAUAUUAAGCGAGAUUAUUGUAUAUUAUCUGUAUAUAUGAUAAAUAGAUUAAUAAUAUAAGAAAAAAAAAUGGCAGAUACUUAUUGGCCAGUUAUAAUAGUAAAAAAUGAUUAUCUUAAUUAUUUCUCAGAACCAAAACAUACAAACGUGUUGUAUGAGAAUACUUUAAAAGAACUAGAAAAUAUAAUAUGUAAAUGAUGCAGGAUAAUAACAGUUCAAAUUAUUGUACUGUUAUUUCUAAUAGAAUUAUUACUUACCUAUUAAAGACAUAAUUAACGAGGAAAAAAAAGUUUAUUCAAAUUGUAAGCUUUACUUAGGAUUGCCAGGAAGUAGGCAUAUGCAACAUUGUUGCAAUUGUAUAUAGGCAAUGUCUACCUAUACCUACUUAAUAAUAUCCUAAAAUACACAAUACAUGGUCUUGGUUUACAAGUUGUAGAGCUUUAUAAAUAUUUGAUAAAAUAAAGCUAUCAUUUUUAUGGAUACUUGCUGAUAUAAAUUAAACAGUCAAAUUAUUUAUUCCUAAGUGAACGCAUAAUUGUCAUUAUUAACUGAUAAUUAAUAAUUAAUAAAAAUAAAAAGAUAAAAGCAUUUCAUAGCAACCUGUUUAUUUUAUUAAAUACAAACAGUUUUAUACCAAAAAGAAAACUUAAAUAAAUUUUUUUAAAAAUGUUGAAAGUGUUUGAAAAUCUACUUUAUUCUAUAGUAAGUAUAGUGUGUCAGAUGAUUAUGAAUCUCUACAACUUUAUGAUUAUAAUACCUAUUUAUCUAUUGUUAGGAGGCCUAUGAUUUGAUCCUAAAGUGCGUCACUUUGAAGACUCGAACGAAUGAAAUGUCGUGUUGUCUUGUCGAGGCCUGAAAAGCUACACUAAGAAAAUAAAAUAUUUUCAUGUAAUAACGACACAGCUGUACCUACUUAUGGCACAUUGAAUACACAUUCGAUGGAUCAAAUAAAAGUUAGAGAGCAUUUAAACUAAAUGCUGAUAAGCAUUUACAGAGAAACGAUAUUUUCAUUUUAUUAAUUUCAUACAAUCAAGGUUAUUAAAAACAAAAAAAUGAUAUGGAUCAGUUUCAAGUAUCGCAUCAAUUACACCACAUGGACGUGGACCAAAUUUUUGGAGAUAUCGAAUAUCAAUUAAAUAUUUACCAUAUAUCUUGAGUUUCUUGAAACUUCUUAAUAUUACAAAAUUGAAAAUAUCGAAUAAUUAAAGGAAUAUGACUUACCACCAGGAACACACAAUGUAGACAGGAGCAGUAACGGCCCUAUACAUAUUUCCCAAGGCCGGAAUUAAGUUCGACACUUUUAGACAAUUACUCUAACCAACGGUAGCAAACAAUAGUUUAUAACUAUAAGAUUUAAGGAGAAGAAUUGAAUUUAAAUAACUGGAGAAUUGGUUAGAAUAAUUAUUUAGCGAAGGGAGUACACUGAAUUGAUUAGAAUCUUUUUCUUUUUUCUACCUGUAACGAUCAUUGGUGUAAUUAGGAAGGGGCCCAGGGUGGGCCUUGACCUCUCCUAAAAUGCAGAUUUGUCCCUCUCACGAGUAAAAAUGAUUUGUUAACUAAAUACAAGACGUACAAUAAUACUCUUGAUGAGUAAUGAGUAGUUAGACAUUUAAAACUUUUAGUAAAGUGUAAUCUGACCCACCCCAGACAAAAAUCCUAGUUAUAUCAAUGAUAAAUGAUGUUUUUUAUACCGACAACGCUUUUAUAAAUCUACUUACCAUUAUUACCCCCGAAUUGUUCAUAGAUCAUACGAAGAUCGUCUCCAAAAUGGAUAAAUGAUGUUUCAUAAAUUGAAUACACCGACAUACAUAAAUACGUACGCAUUUACUAAGGUCGCCAUAAGUGACUGGUACAAGCUUGUGUAAAUUAAUAAGAGAAAUGUGCUGAUCAUUUAAAAAAAGAACAACUGAUAUCAUUGGUUACGUUUGUGUGAAGAAAAUUUUAAUAUACAAAGACCAGUUUAUCACAUUGUCACAUUGUUUCUUGAUAACAGUUAGAAACAUUCAAUAAAAAAGUCAUAAAAUAUUGAA